AUGGAGGUUAUUCUUAGAGAGAUUUUAGCUGCUGUGAGUAAGCUGCUUCUUAUGUGUGAGAACGACAAGGUACCGGGUGUUUCCAGUCCUACUGGCUCUGAGGUAGAGCUUUACACUUUGCACUCCCCGGUCGUUUCAGGCUUUAAUAUGCCUUCAGGGCAGAGGACUGUUUGUUCGGGUACUAUUGGUCCUGGUUUGCCGUCAGGGCAAAGGUCUGCUGUUCCAGUUACACUAUCUGACACUGGUCUAGUUUGCCGCAAAGGUCUGUUGUUCCGUUACUUGUUCGAUGUUAUUGCUAACACCGUGAAGGAUUUUCGACGGCUCAAUGGGAGAGUGGUGUUACCAUCUGAGCAGCGAAUUGCUUGUCCGAGACGGGAAGGCGCAGAUAAACAAAUUGAAACUGAGAAACAAAUUGAAACUGAGAAAGAAAUAGAAAAAGAUAGUGAGGUUAUGCAAGUUAACAACGUGUUUGAGAAACCUGACUUGACUGUUUUGUUUGACAACAAUAUAAAGGUGGGGCAGGGGGAGUUGGUGAAUGUUGCAUCUGAAGUAUCUACCCUGAACUUGCCCUACAACAAUUUUGCAGCACCCUUUCCUGUGAUGCUGGACCCUAACACAGCUCAUCCUAAUCUCAUUGUGUCCAAUGAUCAGACCAGCGUGAGGUACAGUUCAAGGAAGCAGCGUUACCCAGACAACCCUGCCAGAUUUGAUGUUAAACUUCUUGUGAUGGGAUCAGUGGGAUUCACAUCAGGGAGGCAUUUUUGGGAUAUUAAUGUGGGAAAUAAGACAGAUUGGGCAGUGGGUGUGGUCACAGAGUCUUGUAAGAGGAAAGGGGAUGUCUUAGCAAAACCACAACAUGGGUAUUAUAUUUUGAUACUGAAAUAUGGACAAAUAUAUACUGUUCCAAAUGCAGAAAAAAAUAGAAUUUAUAAAUCACCAAAUGAGAAGAAGAUUAGAAUAUAUCUGGACUAUGAGGAUGGAAGGGUGUCAUUUUAUAGUGCAGAUAAUGCUUCACAUAUUUAUACCUUCACUGGCACUUUUACUGAAAAACUAUAUCCCGUCUUUAGUCCUUCUACUGACGAAGAUGGUAAAAAUUCAGAACCAUUAAUACUGCUUCAUGAGAGUUAGAACAAAAUAUACUAAUGGUGUUUAUGUAGACAUGUUCAUUAUAAGCAAAAUGUGCCGUCAUGCUUAAUGUUUUACUAAAAAGAAGAAAACAAUGCAGUAUUUUUCACUUAAAUUACAUUUCCUAUCCACAAUCUGCAAUGUAUGCCAAAGCUAAGCCAUGUUUACAGCUUUAAGACUGACCGACUGUAAUUUCUGUUGUUGAAUUUAACCAGCCAAACAUGUAAUGCAUGAACAAAUUUAUU